AUGUCAGGUACGCCCACUCGUCGCACAACUCGCCAGAAGAAACCCAGCCUGAAAGCCUUAGAAUCCCUGCGGUCGCUGAAAAUCCAAAAUUCCGGUCUCGUUCAAACAUUAGCUAGCGACGAUGAAACUGACGAGGAUUUAUUCGAAGGAUACACCCAGGAGGACACCCAGAAACCCAAAAUACUCAACGAAAACGAGCUGGUGCACGGCGACGACAUAUUUACAUUUCCAAAAAGAAAAACGAAAGGAGACGUCGUGCAGAAAGUCGCCGAAGCUUGUGAGCUCAAAACCCCGCGUGUCGUGAGAAAGAAAGCUAGGAAAGCCGUGGAGAAGCUUCUAGAGGAUGAUAGUGAGAGCGAUUUCGAAGUAUCCGAGGAAAGCGAAAGUUCGAGUGAAUCGGGAGAGAGCUCUGAUACGGAUACCGAUAACGAUAAAGCGCACAAAUUGGUGUUUAAAGAAUCCAAGUUACAAAGUACCCAAGGAAAAAGUAGAAACUACCACAUUAAAACCGACGAGUACUUUGAAAAAACGAGUUCAAAGAAAAUUACGACUUCGAAUAACACUCUAGACAAGCUCGAAACUCCUCACUCCAUUCUGAGCCUGCUGGAAAUAGAAGAAAGUCCAGGAAAUUCAGUAGAAGCAUGUGAAUCGAUUAUAGAAGAAAUGCGAAGGAUCCCAGACACUCAUUUGUACAUCAUCAUUCACAAUAUAGAAGGCGAAACGCUCAGAAACAGCAAAUCGCAGAACAUUCUUGCCAAUCUAGCAGCAACAAAUAAUAUACAUUUAAUAGUUUCUAUAGAUCACAUCAACGCAUCAUUGAUAUGGGACCACAAGAAGCUCAGUAAAUUCAAUUACAUAUGGUGGGACGCCACAUCGUUCGCCCCAUACUUGGAAGAAACAUCCUUCGAGCAGUCCAUGAUGGUUCAACAAAGCAGCGCCUUGGCUUUAUCAUCUUUAAGGAACGUCUUUGUAUCUCUAACUUCCAAUUCCAAGAGUAUAUACAAUUUAAUAGCGAAAUACCAAAUCGAACAUGGAAAGAAUCAGUAUUUUCAAGGGCUGGCAUUCAAAGAUCUCUAUUUGUCUUGCAGAGAGGGAUUCAUUGUGAGCUCUGAUUUGGCUCUAAGGGCCCAAUUAAAAGAAUUCGUGGACCACAAAAUGCUCAAAAUUAAGAGAUCUGUAGACGGUACUGAAUAUUUAUUAAUUCCGUUAGCCAGCCACUUAUUGCAAAAGUUCAUCGAUGAGAAUAAUUGA